AUGCAAGACCAUCCGGAAGGGAUCUCCAGUCGCCGGCGUGUGCGAACGGGCUGCUUGACGUGUCGAGGAAGAAGACGGAAAUGUGACGAGGAGAAGCCUGUCUGCCUGAACUGCAAAAACAAGAACCUCCAAUGCCGCUACGGACUUAACAUCACCUUUGUCGAGUCCAAGUUCAACGCCGCGAACAAGGCUGCAAAGUCUGUCCCGUCGGUCGAGUAUCCUACCGUUCGCUUUGUCGACAAACUCUAUGAUGCAAACUCAACACUGUCAGAGGAGGACGCUGGAGGUGCAGCCUUGCCGGACCACUUGGGUACAAGUCCCAGGCCAUCGAGCACUCAAGGCGAAGAUGUUCAGAGGCCUCAUUCACCCUACGCAACCCAGGAUAGAGUCGUGUUGUCGACCACACCCAUCAGUUUAGCCAACAACCUACCACCCGAAUCUCUGCAGCGGAUGCCACUGUCGCCCACAUUUCACACUCCUCAGCUCCUAUUUGCCCCAUCGCCAGCAGUUUUUGGAUCCGAGUCGACGCCAAUCCCAUCCACCACUCAUUUCGCACCCGACCAUGAGCUCACCUCGAGAUUCAAAGAGCCCAUGGCUGGCGUUGAGUCGGCACUUCUGUCAGAUAAUACUUCGGUCACGCAAGGCCAGGAACUCUAUGAAAUAGAUCUCCUGACAUACUACCGAUAUCGGAUUGCCCCUCAGCUUGAUCUAGGAGUCGGUGAUUCGUACUAUGGUGUCCGAACUCUUCAUAGAGCAGAACAUGCCGUUGCUGUCUACCAAGGGAUUCUCGCACUUUCGGCCGCUCUAAGGGCGCGGGGCAACAAUCUCUUGCAACAAGAAGGUGACGCACGAAAGGAUAUGGAGUACUCUGUGCGUGCGGGAAACAGCAUCGUCGUGGCAGAAGACGAGGACAGGGUCACCACCAUCCUUCUCCUUACUCUAAGGGACGUUAUUAUGAACCCUCCACGAUUCUGGGGUGACAGGGUUGGAACUCUACAAGCGAACGCUCUACUCCGGUACGGUGAAAUGCUUGAUGAGCAUUGGCAGAUGUUGGCGCGCCUCACCCUGGCAGCAACGCUUGCGGCAGGCUACAACUCCAGCCUGGUUGAUUUGUCCUUUGUGCUUCAAGGGGUGCCCCCGAUCUUCUCAGCGCGAGCCCUCACGCACAAGGAACAACUCCGGCAGAGCUUCGCCCACCUUGCUCGUGCUCUGAUGUUUGCAAAUCGCGACUCCCCGGAAUCUGGUCGGUCACUGACGAUGCCGCUGACUGCUACGUGGCAGUCAUGCUGGAGUGACAAUCAGCUGUGGUUCUCGGCAAGGAAUGAGGAGAUGCAACAGAUAUUCGAGGUUCCAGACUCUGAUGGCAUCGACACUCCCUUUCCUAUUAUCAUGUUCAGCAACCUUUGCGCUCUAGUGGCGAAUUUUGUCCAUCACUUGGCGGCGCUCGUCUUGAUCAAUCACAAGCCUCGGAUGAUCAAGGCUAUUGCUGAGGUCGGUUCGUCCCCGUCGUCGGUGUGGCAUGCUCAGAGAGUCAUUGGCAUGAUCGCCGCCUUGAACGAGGCGGAUGACAUUUUCGAUCCUCUGAUUGUUGCCGGGGUCAUGUAUGCCGCCAGGAGAUUGAGCCAUCCUUCCCAGCUGGCCGUGGUUGCGGAUGUCUUGGGACAAGCGUCACGCUCAUCUGGUUUUCAGUUACAGGAAGAGAUUCAGAAGCUGGACAUUACGUAUAGCACAGCAGUCUGCUAA